AUGGUAUAUUCAGUCACCAGCCCCUUGGUCCUAGGACUCAUUCUACUCCUCCCAUGUCUGUUUUUCUCCAAAUUGAAACCAUCAAAGGGAUGGAAUACAACACGUCUAAAUGCACUCCUCCCCCGCCUCCGCCAACUGCACCCCUGGCGCACCCGCACCAAACAAUCCAGCGAAAUCGUCUCACUACGCAUGUACCCAAUAAAAUCCUGCCGCGGCUUCGAAGUCCAAAGCACAACGCUAAAAGAGCACGGCCUCGACCUCGACAGAAGAUGGAUGCUAGUCGACGCAUCAACAAAUGAAUUCCUAACAAUCCGCCAAAUCCCAGCCAUGACGCGCAUCAGCACAGCUUUAAGCCCCGACGGCUCCGACCUUUUAAUUUCCAUCCCAACCACAAAAUCCAGAAGCAAAACUAUUCGCAUCCCUGCUCACCCUUCACAAGAUUGGCUAGCGAAAAAUACAUCCAUCGCCCCGGUCAAAAUCUGGGAUAAUGAUACAGACGGAUAUAUCUACAGCGAGAAAUUCAACGCGUCUUUCUCGGCGUUUCUGGGCCAGUCUGUCUCGCUCGUAUAUAAGGGUCCCACACCGCGCAUUCUGAAGGGCAAUGGGGCACCGGAGUUACUAGGCAGGGUGCAGAGUACGGGGUUUCCGGACGUGUAUCCCAUCUUGAUUGCGUCGGAGGCUUCGCUUGCGGAGUUGAAUGCGCGGUUGCAGAAGAUUGAUGUUGAUCCUAUUACGGUUGAGCGAUUUAGGCCUAAUAUUGUUGUUCGGGGUCAAACGGCUUGGGUGGAGGAUUCGUGGAAAACGGUGCGGAUAGUAAGCGGUGGUGCUGGGAAUGAUGGUCCUUCUUCGCUUGAUUUGGACAUCGUUGCGAGGUGUGCGAGGUGUCAGGUUCCGAACGUUGAUCCGGAGACUGCGGAUAAGCAUAAGAAGCAGCCGUGGGAUACACUGAUUUCGUAUCGGAGAGUGGAUGAGGGGAUUAAAUGGAAGCCUUGUUUUGGGAUGUUAAGUGCGCCGAGGAACGAGGGGACUGUUGAGGUUGGGAUGAGAUUGGAGGUUUUGGAGGAGACGGAUGAACAUCGGUAUAUUACAGGCUUUAAUGCUUAA